AUGUCCAAUGGCGGCCAAGCCGGGAAAUCGUCAACUUCAUUCCACUUUGUAGCUGGUCUGGGGUCUGGCAUCCUUUCCGCAGUCCUCCUUCAACCCGCCGAUCUCCUCAAGACUCGAGUCCAGCAGUCGGGGCACAGCUCACUGCUGGCCACCAUCCGCGAGAUCUCCAAGUCACCCAACUCGAUCCGCUCAUUCUGGCGAGGAACCCUCCCCUCAGCCCUACGAACAGGCUUCGGAUCCGCCAUCUACUUCACGAGUCUGAAUGCCCUCCGUCAGAAUGUUGCGCGCUCAAAUCUCCUCCGAAGCAUAGGAGCCAUCGACAAGAAAGCCCUCCCUAGCCACUCCUCCGCGCUCCCGAAACUCUCCAAUCUAGCGAAUCUUACGACCGGCGCGAUUGCAAGAGCUGGGGCUGGAUUCAUAUUGAUGCCGAUGACUGUUAUCAAGGUCAGGUAUGAGUCGAGUUACUAUGCGUACAAUUCAAUCGCUGGGGCUGGGAGGGAUAUCUUGAAGACGGAAGGCUUGAAAGGUUUCUUCGCAGGCUUUGGAGCAACAGCGAUACGAGACGCGCCGUAUGCAGGACUGUAUGUGGUGUUCUACGAGCAAUCGAAAAAGCGGCUCAGUCUACUCGUACACAAGGUCCCAAUAGCAGGAGAGUUGUCCAAAGGCAUGAAAGGGUCGACUUCAGCAUCGAUCAAUUUCGGGUCUGGGAUACUGGCCGCAGGACUAGCUACAGCGCUCACGAACCCUUUCGAUGCGAUCAAGACCAGGAUCCAGCUUCAGCCGAGGAAAUACCAUAAUAUUGUCCAUGCAGGACGGAAGAUGGUGAGGGAAGAUGGCUUCAAGUCUCUGUUUGAUGGCUUGGGGAUACGGAUGGGUAGGAAAGCUGUCAGUUCCGCAUUGGCGUGGACGCUCUAUGAGGAGCUUAUUAGAAGAGCUGAGCAUGUUUGGACACAUACGGAAGUCUCAGCUCGCGCGCUGUAA